AUGAAAAUUGAUUAUCGCACUCGUUUAACAGCAAUGUUGGAUGUGACACGCUUUCUAUUGAAGCAAGGGUUACCUUUUCGAGGACACGAUGAGUCAACUAGUUCUUCAAAUAGAGGUAAUUUUCUUGAGUUGCUUGAAUGGUAUAGUCAACGAAAUGAAGAGGUUUCUAAAGUUAUAAAACAAAAUGCUCUUGGAAACAAUCAAUUGACUUUCCUAAAAAUUCAAAAGGAUUUAACACGUGCUUGUGCUUUAGAGAUCACACUUGCUAUAAUCAAUGAUAUUGGAGAUAAAUUCUUUUCUUUGAUGGUUGAUGAGGCUUGGGACAGUUCAGUGAAGGAGCAUAUGGGAGUUGUUUUGAGAUAUGUGAAUAAAGAAGGAUGUGUGAUUGAACGAUUUCUUGCGGUUGUGCAUGUGCCUGACACUAGUUCUAAUUCUUUGAAAAUGGCUAUUGAUGCUUUAUUUGUGCAACAUGGUUUAUCAUUAUCUAGAUUGAGAGGCCAAGGAUAUGAUGGAGCUUCAAAUAUGCGUGGCGAGUUUAAUAGAUUGAAAUCCCUGAUACUACAAGAAAAUCCAUUUGCAAUGUAUGUUCGUUGUUUCUCUCAUCAGCUUCAAUUAGUUCUUGUUGUUGUUGCCCAUGACAAUUUUACUAAAUUGGUUGAGACUGAAAAAUAUUUGGUGUUCCCAUUGGUUUAUCAUAUGAUAGAGUUGGCAUUAGUUUUACCAGUUGCAACUACUUCGGUUGAACGAGUUUUUUCUGCAAUGAAGACUAUGAAGACUGAUUUACGCAAUAGAAUGGGAGAUGAAUGGAUGAAUGACAGUCUAGUUGUUAUGGAGAUUCAGUCGAGUAUUAAGCGGGACAAGGGAAAGGCUCUCAAGUUCUAG